AUGUUUAGCGGACAAGAGACGUUUUGGAAACAAAAAGCUUGGGUACGAUGGUUGAAGGAGGGAGAGUCGAACACUCGGUUUUUCCAUACUGCCUUGCUGGACAAGUACGCCCGUCUCACAAUUCGCUGGAUCAAAGAUUCACAUGGAUAUCUACUCAAGGAGGAAGCAGCAAUCGGUCAAGAGGCAGUUGAAUACUUCAAAGAUUUGCUCUCUGUCCAUCAAGGAUCCAAUGCUGAGGUGGUGAUGGAGGAGCUAUUGGCUAUAAUCCCUCCACGGGUCAUACAACAACAAAACGCAGAACUCACACAGGAGGCGGUUAGGGACUUCUUUUGUGACAUCCCCAUCCCAAAAGGUGUUGCCAACACCUCAAUUGUGUUACUCCCAAAAAAUGAGCAACCGUCAACCUUCACGGACUUUAGACCAAUAAGCCUUUGUACCUUCUUCAACAAAAUCUUCACCAAGGUCCUAAGCACUAGAAUGAAACCGCUUAUGCUGGAACUAAUCUCCCCUGAACAAUCUGCUUUCGUGCAAGGGCAGGAAAUAUCUGAUAACAUUCUCCUGGCCCUGGAGAUGUUGGGAUCGAUUGACAAAAAAGUACGGGGACACAACAUGGUUCUAAAAGUAGACAUAAUGAAAGCCUUCGAUAGUGUCUCUUGGCGGUUCCUUUCCAUGUUGCUAUGCAAAUUUGGCUUUAGCCUUUGGUUUACGUCCUUGGUAAUGAACAACAUUAGAGGAGCAUUGUUCUCAGUACUGAUAAAUGGUAAACAGCUUGGUUUCUUCCAAAGUGCAUGGGGGAUUAAGCAAGGGGACCCUUUCUCCUCCUCCUUAUUUUUACUGGUUGCAGAGGCUUUGAGCCACAGGGCUAAAGGGCCUACUAUCAUUAGCCAAGCUUUUGCCAUUUAG